CGGCGCUCGCAGCGCACCCGAACCCCAGGCGGCGCGCGGCGGGUCCCCGGGGGUCUGCGGGCGGCUGAGCGGCCAAGGCACCCGAGCGCGGUACCCACAGCGGGCGGCGGGCAGCCAUGGCGGAGGCCGCGUCGCAGCACUUGUCGCUGCCCUCGAGGCUGCUGGAGCUGUGCGCGCUGCUGGGCGCCCCCCGGGACAGCCUCCGAGGCCUCGAGCAGGUUGCUCAGAAAAAGGGAGUCAAACAUCUUUCUGCUCUUGAUCCAGAGGUCUUGUCCAUUUUUGUGCCUCCUUUUAUCGGUAAAGAGGACAGUCAAAUGGUUGGUGCAAACUGUGGCACUCUCGGUAAAACCAGGAGGCGCUCCUUCAGAAAGAAGAGAGAGAGGCCCAGACCAGAGCAGUGGAAAGGCCUCCCGGGGCUCUCCAGAGUGCCAGAGCCUGAGGAUGUCACCGUCCCCGACGGCGUGGACCUCCUCGCCCUGCCCCAGCUGUGCUUCCCAGGGGGUGUGUGCGUGGCCACUGAACCCAAGGAGGAUCGCGUCCACUUCCUGGUGCUGACCGAUGUCUGCGGGAAUAGGACCUAUGGCGUGGUGGCCCAGUACUACCGGCCCCUGCACGAUGAGUACUGUUUCUACAAUGGCACAACGCACUGGGAGCCGUCCUGGCCGGCUGUGGGUGCUGCUGGCUGCUUCGUGCCCUACGCCGUGUGCGUGGUCUCCAGGUUCCCCUAUUACAACUCCCUCAAGGACUGCCUUUCCUGUUUAUUGGCUAAUCUAAAGCUUUGUAAAGAUUUUGAAGUUGACAAUCCUAUAAAAGAUUUUGCUGCGAAGCUAUCUUUGAUACCGAGCCCGCCACCUGGACCACUCCAUUUGGUAUUUAACAUGAAGCCGCUCCAGAUUGUGUUUCCUGCCCGAGCAGACCCCGAAAGCCCCAUCCUGGACCUGGACCUUCACCUGCCCUUACUGUGCUUCCGGCCUGAGAAGGUGCUGCAGAUCCUGACAUGCUUCCUGACAGAACAGCGGAUCGUCUUCUUCUCCUCGGACUGGGCUCUGCUGACGCUGGUCGCCGAGUGCUUCAUGGCCUACCUGUAUCCGCUGCAGUGGCAGCACACCUUCGUGCCCAUCCUGUCGGACCAGAUGCUGGAUUUCGUCAUGGCCCCCACGUCCUUUCUCAUGGGCUGCCAUCUCGACCACUUCGAAGAAGUCAGCAAGGAAGCUGACGGUUUAGUUCUGAUAAAUAUUGAUCAUGGGAGCAUCACCUACUCCAAGUCCACGGACGAUAAUGUGGACAUUCCUGAUGUCCCCCUCCUGGCGGCCCAGACGUUUAUUCAGAGGGUGCAGAGCCUCCAGCUCCACCACGAGCUGCAUGCCGCCCACCUCCUCUCCAGCACAGACCUGAACGAGAGCAAAGCCCACCGGCGGGCCUGGCAGCAGAAACUCAACUGCCAGAUACAGCAGACCACCCUGCAGCUGCUUGUGAGCAUCUUCAGGGAUGUAAAGAAUCAUUUAAAUUAUGAACACAGAGUCUUUAAUAGUGAAGAAUUUCUCAAAACCAGGGCUGCAGGGGACCAUCAGUUUUAUAAGCAGGUCUUAGACACCUACAUGUUCCAUUCUUUCCUUAAAGCCCGGCUCAACAGGAGGAUGGACGCCUUUGCUCAGAUGGACCUCAACACCCAGUCGGAGGAGGACAGAAUAAAUGGAAUGCUUUUAAGUCCAAGGAGACCGACCGUUGAGAAAAUAGCCUCUCGGAAGUCCUCGCACCUGCAGGUCAUCCACAGGCGCAUGGUGGUCAGCAUGCCCAACCUGCAGGACAUCGUCAUGCCUGAGCUGGCACCCAGGAACUCCUCGCUCCGGCUGACGGACACCGCAGGCUGUACGGGCAGCAGCGCAGUACUGAAUGUGACGCCGAAGUCCCCAUAUACAUUCAAGAUUCCCGAAAUCCACUUUCCGCUGGUGAGCGAGUGCGUGCAGGCGUACUAUGCCGACUUUGUCACCCUGCUGAGCAAGGCCAUGGGCUUUCUGGCCCCUGAUAACUCUCUGCUCCUGGCCCGCUAUUUCUACCUCCGAGGGCUCGUUCAUCUGAUGCAAGGACAGCUGCUGAAUGCUCUCUUGGACUUCCAGAAUCUGUAUAAAACAGACAUACGGAUCUUUCCCGCUGAUUUGGUGAAAAGGACGGUGGAAUCCAUGUCUGCCCCCGAGCGGGUGCAGGCGCAGCAGGCGCCAGAGCUGAUGCGGCUCAUCAGUGAGAUCCUGGACAAGCCGCACGAGGCCUCGAAGCUGGACGACCACGUGAAGAACUUCGAGCUGCCCAAGGAGUACAUGCAGCUGGACGACUUCAUGAAGCGGGUCCAGGAGUCAGGGAUCGUGAAGGACGCCAGCACCAUCCAGCGGCUGUUCGAGGCCUUGACUGUAGGACAGCAGAAACAAAUUGACCCAGAAACAUUCAAAGAUUUCUACAACUGCUGGAAGGAGACAGAAGCAGAAGCCCAGGAGGUCAGUCUGCCGUGGCUGGUGAUGGAACACCUGGAUAAAAACGAGUGUGUGUAUAAGUUGUCCAGCUCCGUCAAGACGAACCUAGGCGUUGGCAAGAUCGCCAUGACCCAGAAGCGUCUGUUCCUCCUAACCGAAGGAAGGCCAGGCUACGUGGAGAUUUCCACCUUCAGAAAUAUAGAGGAGGUCAGGAGCACCUCUACUGCAUUUCUGCUUAGGAGAAUACCCGCUCUAAAAAUCAAAGUGGCGUCCAAGAAAGAAGUCUUCGAAGCCAACCUGAAGACUGAGUGUGACCUUUGGCACCUGAUGGUGAAGGAGAUGUGGGCUGGGAAGAAGCUGGCCGAUGACCACAAGGACCCUCAGUACGUCCAGCAGGCGCUGACCCACGUCUUGCUGAUGGACGCCGUUGUGGGCACGCUGCAGUCACCAGGCGCCAUCUACGCUGCCUCCAAGUUAUCCUACUUCGAUAAGAUGAGGAAAGAAGUGCCCAUGGCACUUCCGAAGGCAACCGUGGAGACACUGAAGCAUAAAAUCAACCCCUCGGCGGGGGAGACGUUCCCUCAAGCGGUGGACGCGCUGCUCUACACGCCGGGGCAUCUUGACCCAGCCGAAAAAGUUGCAGACGCUCACCCCAAGUUAUGGUGUGCUCUGAGCGAUGGCAAGGUGACCGUGUUCGAUGCUUCUUCCUGGACCAUCCACCAGCACUCCUUUAAAGUGGGCACUGCAAAAGUGAACUGCAUUGUGAUGGCCGACCAGAACCAGGUGUGGGUUGGCUCGGAAGACUCCGUCAUCUACAUCAUCAACGUCCACAGCAUGUCCUGCAACAAGCAGCUCACAGACCACUGCUCCGGUGUCACGGAUUUGAUUGUGCAGGAUGGACAGAGGGCACCCAGGUGCAGCAAGGUGUACUCGUGCAGCAUGGAUGGCACGGUGCUGGCGUGGAAUGUGAGCACACUGCAGGUGACCAGCAGCUUCCAGCUGUCGAGUGGUGGCCUCACGUCCAUCAGACUGCACGGCGGCCACCUGUGGUGCUGCACGGGUAACAGCAUCAUGGCCAUGACAACGAAUGGAUUCCUCUGUCAAGAAUUGAAGAUUGAGGAGAUUGAGGAGAACUUCAAAGACAUCAGUACCUCCUUCCUGGCCUUCCAGCUCCUUCCCGAGCAGGAGCAGCUGUGGGCGGCCUGUGCAGGACGCAGCGAGGUUUACAUCUGGAGCCUGAAGGACCUGGCCCAGCCCCUGCAGAGGGUGCCCCUCAAGGACUGCUCUGAGAUCAUCUGCAUGAUCCGGGUGAAGAAGCAGGUCUGGGUGGGCAGCCGAGGGCUGUGGCAGGGAACACCCAGGGGGAAAAUCUACGUGAUUGAUGCUGAGACGAAGACCGUGGAGAAGGAGCUGGUGGCGCACAUGGACACCGUGAGGACACUGUGCUCGGCCGAGGACAGAUAUGUGCUGAGUGGGUCGGGCAGGGAGGAGGGGAAGAUCGCCAUUUGGAAAGGGGAAUAAACAUGGCUGAGCCUGCCGA